AUCUUUCGUCAUAUCCGGAAAAGGGGCCGCCGGUCACGUGAACAAGGCUUACUUCUCCGCUUCUCCGAUGUGUUUAAUAUAUGAUAGAUAUAUCAAGAAUGGCAUCCUUCCUCGAGGCGACGCGUCCGGUGUGCUUACGGACGCAGUGUGAAUGUUUUUGGGCUGCCGCCGACACGCGCGCUCGCCGGGGACGAUUCUUUUCAGCUUCUCCCUUCGGGUGUGGGUGUCACGUGACCCGCACGCGGCCCCGCUCGCUCGGAAAAGAUGGCGACAGUCGGGUAGAAAGCAACGGAGCGCGACAGCAGCAGCAGCCGCAGCAACCUCGAAUCAGUCGCGGUGACUGGAAGCCUCUAGAUCGGACGGGAAAAUGGAUCCUGGACAAGACUUGCUGCUCGCUGCCUUGAGUGAAAGUGGGAUCAGCCCCAAUGAUCUAUUUGACAUCAGUGCCAUAGACAUGGCGCAGCCCAGCAAUGUACAACAGUCUGUUCCAAUAAGUGCCCUGGAUCUCGGCGUGGGAGCAGAAGCAGGCGGGGUGCUGAGGCAGGAACCGGCUGUGCCCCCCACCCCCCCAACCCCUACAGUCACAAUUAGGAAGCCUCAGCCGUCGACCACCACGUUCGUCCUGAAUCAACUGAAUCAGCUCCCAUCCCUGGGAACGAUAGUCGUGACCAAGCCAUCUGUUGGCCCAAGUACUACUUCCCGACAAACCUUAACUGUGGCCAAGGUGAUCAACACGUCCUCCACCACCGCGCGGGCCAAUUCCACGGCCGCCACGUGUGAGGUGGUCUCAUCCGGCAAGGACCAGAUCCAGCUGAAGGACCUUCUGAAAACCAGCAGCCUGGGUGAACUCAUGAAGCUCAAACCUCCACCGAAUAUUGCCCAACCUGUUGCCACAGCUACCAAAAUCAUUUUGGUCUCAACCACGAUGGUAAAUAAAUCAGCUGAUUUGAACAACGGCUUGAAGAAGGAAGUGUCCAGCAAAGAUGUGGCCCGCAUCUGGGUCAACGACGACAUCAAGAUGAGGAGCUUUUCCCCCACGAAUAAGGCCCAUGGGAUUAAGGAGGAGGAGGAGCCUGAGGAGGAGGAGGAGGAAGAGCUGGUGCAUGCGGAGACUUAUGCGGAGUACAUGCCUAUGAAACUGAAGGUGGGUCUGCGGCAUCCAGACCCAGUGGUGGAGACCAGCUCCCUGUCCAGCGUCUCCCCGCCGAACGUGUGGUACCACCUCUCCAUCCCAGAGGAGACCAUAGACAGGGGCUGGCUGUCCGCCUUGCAGCUGGAGGCCAUCACGUAUGCUGCCCAGCAACACGAGACAUUCCUACCGAACGGGGACAGAGCAGCAUACUUGAUAGGGGACGGCGCAGGUGUCGGGAAGGGCAGGACCAUUGCUGGCAUUAUCUAUGAGAACUAUCUCCUGGGCAGGAAGAGGUCGCUAUGGUUUAGCGUGUCUAAUGACUUGAAGUAUGAUGCGGAAAGAGACCUGCGAGACAUCGGGGCGAAAAAUAUCCAGGUUCACUCCUUGAACAAGUUUAAAUAUGGGAAGAUUUCCUCCAAGCACAACGGCAGCGUGAAGAAAGGGGUGAUUUUUGCCACAUACUCUUCUCUGAUUGGCGAAAGCCAGUCAGGUGGGAAAUACAAGACGAGAUUCAAGCAGCUGUUGCACUGGUGUGGCUCAGACUUCGACGGUGUGAUUGUGUUUGAUGAAUGCCACAAGGCAAAGAAUGUGUGUCCCAUUGGAUCCUCCAAGCCCACCAAGACGGGUUUGGCUGUCUUGGAACUGCAGAACAAUCUGCCGAAAGCACGAGUGGUUUACGCCAGCGCCACAGGUGCAUCAGAACCUCGGAACAUGGCAUACAUGAACCGGCUUGGCAUCUGGGGGGAGGGGACGCCCUUUAAGGAGUUCAGCAACUUCAUCCAAGCCGUGGAGCGCAGGGGCGUGGGUGCCAUGGAGAUAGUUGCCAUGGAUAUGAAGCUACGAGGCAUGUACAUCGCCAGGCAGCUGAGCUUCGCUGGAGUAACUUUCAAGAUUGAUGAAGUUCCGUUGACGGGUGAUUAUAUCAGGAUGUACAACAAGGCUGUCCGUUUGUGGGUCAGCGCACGUGAGAAAUUCCAGCAGGCGGCCAACCUGAUGGAUGCCGAGCAGCGCAUGAAGAAGUCCAUGUGGGGCCAGUUCUGGUCGGCUCACCAGCGCUUCUUCAAGUACCUGUGCAUUGCCUCCAAAGUCCGCCGGGUCGUCCAACUGGCCCGGGAGGAGGUCAAAAACGGCAAGUGUGUGGUCAUUGGCCUCCAGUCGACAGGAGAAGCCCGCACCCUCGAAGCCCUGGAAGAGGGGGGAGGCGAACUCAAUGACUUUGUUUCCACUGCCAAGGGUGUAUUACAGUCUCUGGUGGAGAAGCACUUUCCCGCCCCAGACAGGCAGAAGCUCUUCAGCCUCCUGGGCAUCGACCUGUCAGCCAAGAAAACCCCCUCCCCCAAUGACAAUGCAGCCACCGACCAGAAGGGCAAGAAACGGAAAGGCCAAGAGGCCAAGAAGGGGGCGAAGAAGCCGCGAGUGUCCGGCGGCCUCUCUGGAAGCAGCUCGGAGGGGAGCGCCAGUGACUCUGAGCCCUCCGACAAGGAGGUCGACAGCGACGACAACAGCUUCAAGUCUGUCAGCUCGGGGGAUGAAGACGACUUCAACCCCUUCAGGGAUGAGUCUAGUGAGGAUGAGGAAGACGAUCCCUGGUUAAUACGAAAAGAGCACAAGAAAGGCAAGGUGAAGGAGAACAAGAAGAAAAAGUCCAUCGACCCAGAUUCCAUCCAAAGUGCCUUGCUGGCUUCUGGCCUGGGUUCCACAAGACCUACGUUUACCACUCCUGUUACCAAAGCAAUAUCCAGCUCUUCGUCCAGUAAUGCCAAGAAGGAGAGCGAGAGCAGCGGCUGCGUGACCAGCCAGGAUGCGGUGGAAUGCGCUCAGCAGAUGAAGCGGCAGUUGCUGGAGGAGCUGGAGGACCUGGCUGAGGACCUUCCACCCAACACCCUUGACGAGCUCAUUGACGAGCUUGGGGGUCCUGACAACGUGGCAGAGAUGACCGGCCGGAAGGGUAGAGUGGUCAGCAAUGACGACGGCAGCAUCUCCUACGAGUCUCGAUCAGAGCAGGAUGUCCCUGUGGAGAUUCUCAACCUCACAGAAAAGCAGAGAUUCAUGGAAGGAGAGAAGAACAUUGCCAUCAUCUCGGAGGCAGCCAGCUCCGGUAUCUCUCUGCAAGCCGACCGCAGGGUGAAGAAUCAGCGCAGGAGGGUCCACAUGACCUUGGAGUUACCAUGGAGUGCCGACAGAGCCAUUCAGCAGUUUGGUAGAACGCAUAGGUCCAACCAAGUGACGGCCCCAGAGUAUGUGUUCCUCAUCUCCGAGCUUGCUGGGGAGCAGCGUUUCGCCUCCAUUGUUGCCAAAAGGCUUGAGAGCUUGGGUGCCUUGACGCACGGGGACCGGCGAGCCACCGAAACAAGAGAUCUGAGUAGGUUCAACUUUGACAACAAGUAUGGUCGAAAUGCACUUGAAAUUGUGAUGAAGUCCAUUGUCAACUUGGACUCUCCUUUGGUCUCCCCACCUGCCAACUUUGAUGGCGAUUUCUUUAAAGAAAUCCGCCACGGUUUAAUUGGAGUUGGAUUAAUCAAUGUUGAAGAUCGUUCAGGCAUUCUCACAUUGGACAAAGAUUACAACAACAUCGGCAAGUUUCUCAACCGUAUUCUGGGUAUGGAGGUGCAGCAGCAGAACGCACUAUUCCAGUACUUCUCAGACACGCUGACAGCAGUCAUUCAGAAUGCCAAGAAGAACGGUCGAUAUGACAUGGGAAUUCUGGAUCUGGGAUCAGGAGAUGAAAAGGUUAAGAAAACAGACUCCAAGAAGUUCCUGACCCCAGGUUAUUCUACCUCUGGACAUGUAGAACUGUCUAUGGUGAGUGUAGAGAGGGGCAUGUCUUGGGAAGAUGCCACCCACAUUUGGGCCGAGCUGAGCGGACCAGACGAUGGCUUCUAUGUACAGGUGAGGAACAACAAGAAGACUUCCAUACUGGCGAAGGAGGUUAACGCCAAAAAGAGACUCUUCUUAGUCUACAGGCCAAACACUGGGAAGCAGCUCAAACUAGAAACCUACGCAGAUAUUCACAAGAAGUGCAAAAAGGUUCUUUCAGAAGAUGCCAAGCAGCAUUGGAUAGACCAGUACAAUUCCUCAGCAGACACCUGCUCCCAUGCUUAUUGGCGAGGGAACUGUAAGAAAGCAUCGGUUGGGCUCCAGUGCGACGUGGGUCUUCGCUGCAGGACCUACCACGUCCUAUGUGGUUCCGUGCUCAGUGUCUGGACGAAGGUGGAGGGUGUCCUUGCCUCUGUCAGUGGAACCAGUGUCAAAAUGCAGAUUGUUCGAUUGAGAACUGAAGAUAGCCAACGAAUUGUGGGCUUGAUCAUUCCAUCGAACUGCACAUCUCCGCUCCUCAACAUCCUCUCGUCAUCCGAUCAGUCCCAGCAGCUGGCUGUGAGGCAGCAGCAGAUGUGGCAGCAGCUGCACCCGCAGAGCAUCAACCACUUCUCCAAGACAUAGUGGGGCGCUCUCCCUCCCUCUCUCCCACCCACCCAGUGCCCGGCCCACACCCCACGCUGCCAGCGUUUCCCGCCCAAAGAGUACUUUAAGGAGAGAUCAGCUGAGUGCCUCACUCCUGCACGGAGGAGACUUGAAUGAAGGAGUGGACGUUGGGGUGGGGCGGGGGGGGACCCCUCAUGUUCGUUUUUUUUUGGUCACCUCCCGUACUCUUACCUCUGCUCCUCAGCUUUUGUUUCGUCGGUUCCGUUCAACCUUUUGAAGUGCUUGAACUUUUAUUGGUUCUAUUUUUUUUUUUUGAAAGACACAUUAACAAUGCUCAGGGGUUAGUUUGACAAAACAAUCACUCCCUCCCCCCUCCUCCCCCAGGGACCCGUGCUAAACGUAACUAUAGGAUGUGUGGAGGACAGACAUUGAAGAAGCAUGGCACUGCUGAUCUCCCACCCUGUCCUGUUCCCUCCAUGGAAUCUCUCCGCAGCCUCGAGCCAGUGUAGAAGUGCGGUAUCCAUGAGCCGCCGUCUGCCUCUGGCACUUUCAGAUCUGCAGCGUUGCAUGAUUUGACAGACCCGUCAUUGCAUUUAAGGACUACGGUGUUCAUUUAAUGUGGUCAGAUUUAAAGAUCUACAAUGAACCCUCCCUUCCCCAUCUGUGCAAAUCUUGAAGAUGUGUUUUUUUUUCUCCUUUCUUUUUUCAACUGGAAUGUCGUUUGUAGUCAAGCCUUCAUCUGGCUUUGUGUUGAUCUUUUUACUUUUCUAUCAAUGUGUUUUAAUAUUUGCUUAAUACAAAUACAUUUCACGUCGGAGCAAAGGACUUUCUGAUAUCUUGAUUUAGAUGCUGUAAAUGUCUUCAUGGGAUAGAUUAAUGCGGGAAUGAUGCAUUGAUGUAAAAAAAUGUAUAGUUGCAUAUCCCCCCCCCCUUUUUGCUUAAAAUUGAUGUUUAUAACAAUGGAGGGCAAUGUAAUUUCAUGCUUGCACGAGUUGCACUACUGAUUUCUUGUACAAAGAAUUUAAAUCUCUUCAAGAGCAAGGUAUUUAAAUCUUGCACAUGACCAAUAAACCUUGAGAACAAAA